AUGUCUACACCAGCCCGCAAGAAGGUGCUGUUGAUGGGAAAAUCAGGAAGCGGGAAGACGUCGAUGCGUUCAGUCAUCUUCUCGAACUAUACAGCGAGAGAUACGAGAAGACUAGGAGCUACGAUCGAUGUUGAGCAGUCAGCUGUGAGGUUCCUAGGUGGUUUGGUGUUGAACCUAUGGGACUGCGGUGGUCAAAACGCCUUUGUAGACAACUACCUCUCCUCCCAAAAAGACACCAUUUUCUCCAAUGUUGCCGUCCUAAUCUACGUAUUUGAUAUCACAUCAAAUGAGUGGGACGGAGAUUUAAGAUAUUUCGAAGAUAUCCUGUUCGCUCUCAGGGAAAAUUCUCCAGAAGCGGGAGUAUGGGUAUUGAUAAAUAAAAUGGAUUUGAUAGAUAAGGAGGAUCCUCAGAGGAAGAAGUUCAAAGAGAGGAAAGCUGAUUUGAUGAGAGUGGACCAAUCGGUCAGAGAAGAGUUGAAAGAUGAGACGAUCAAAGAGGUUUUGAGGUGUUUUCCGACGAGUAUAUGGGAUGAAUCGUUGUACAAGGCAUGGUCCUCGAUCAUCCACACUCUCAUACCCAACAUCUCCCUAAUAACAUCCCAUCUCACCUAUCUCCGAGACCUAUGUCUAGGGGUAGAAGCGGUAUUAUUCGAAGCUGAUACUUUCCUGGUCAUUGCCAAAUCUGGUUCACCAUUGGAUUGUGAUCCCAGUGAUUUGGAUGCCGUGGAAAUUGACAACGGAGCGAGGGAAUUGGAUCAACAGCGGUUCGAGAAGAUUAGUGAGAUUGUUAAAGGGUUCAAAAAGACUUGUUCACGGAAUCACGAGCAGUAUCAUGGUUUCGAAGCUAAAUUUAACGAUUGUACAAUCGUACUUGAACCUCUAACGAAGAACACAUAUAUAAUGAUCGUAUCUGUUGAUCCUAGAGUCGAAACCGGUGCAUUACUAUACAACGUCCAUCAGUCUUCUGCCCACAUGGUAGAAUUCGCUACGAAACAUACAUUGGAGGUGCAGAAGUGCGGCAUCUGUCGAAAUAAUAAAGAUUUGAAAUAUGACGUUCAAGGUGAUGAUGAUGAUUCGAUACCUGCAUGGGACGAUCCUCUACCAUGA